UCUCUCCGCCCAUAUUUCGUCAUGUCUAUUGACUCGGCCUUCCAAUUACAAGGCUAAAAGCUCAAAUAAUUUGCAAAAGGCGAAAGCUAGCACACACAGCUUUUUUAUUUUAUUUUUGUUAAAAUGAAAAGGACAACCAAAGAUUGAUAGAUAGUAUAUUUUAUUAAUAGAAAAAUCUUACUUUUUUUUCAAUAGUAACCAAAAUUUCAUCCAUAAAUACCAUUGAAUUGUAACGUGUGUCCUCCACACUUUAAUUAUUCUUCAUCAUCCAUUAUUUUUCAAUUUUCAUGGCAUCUAGUCAUAGUAAUAAUAAUCAUAAUAGUUCACCCGUUAAUAACAAAACUAAAUUUGUAGUGAGUGACCUUGAGCAACAACAAUUAUCAAGAGACCCAGAAAAUGAAGAAGAAGCAAAUAAGAAGGAGGAAUUUGAUUACUCAAAAAGAUCCCAGUGGUUGCGUGCAGCAGUGCUGGGAGCGAACGACGGGUUGGUGUCGACGGCGGCUCUGAUGAUGGGAGUGGGAGCAGUGAGGGAAGACAUGAAGGCCAUGGUGUUGUCGGGUUUCGCAGGCCUUGUGGCAGGGGCAUGUAGCAUGGCCAUUGGUGAGUUUGUUUCUGUGUAUUCACAGUUAGACAUAGAGAUUGCUCAAAUGAAGAGACGACAACAACAAGAAGAUGAGAAAGAGAAAAAGGGUUUACCGAACCCUUUGCAAGCAGCGGCAGCAUCAGCUUUUGCGUUCUCGGUUGGUGCAAUGGUUCCUCUUCUUGCGGCAUCUUUUGUAAGGGACUAUAAGCUCAGGUUGGGACUUAUUUUGGGGUCAGUUAGUUUUGCUUUGAUUUUGUUUGGUUGCUUGGCUGCCACUCUUGGUAAGGCUCCUCCAUUUAGAUCUUGUGUUAGGGUCUUCCUUGGUGGUUGGUUAGCCAUGGCUAUAACUUUUGGCCUAACCAAGUUGAUUGGUUCAAGUGUCUUUUAGCUACUACAUUUUCUCACACAAAUUUUUCUUGCUAACUCGGUGCCUAAUUACAUGUUAAAGGUGAAUCAUGUGUAUUCUGUUAUGUGUACAUAUAUUAUUGUAUAGAAGAUAUUCUAUUUACUAUUGAAUAAAAUAUAGAACUCACUUUAAAUUGAUGAGUUCAUAUGAUCAUAUCACAU